UCCACAGGCCCGUAGGAAACACAGCAAGCGCUUCUGCGGCUGCUGGUAUCCCAGGAGUCGUAUGGGCUUAUGGGGUUCGUUUCUCAGCUCAAAUUAGUUGACGUCUGACCCUCCCAGGAGGGAAGGGGAGUGUCUAUCCACCAAGAACUGCAUGCAUUACAUGAUGUUGCUUCCAUCUCCUUUUAGUACCUCCAGCUGCAGCAAGACUUCCCUAGACUAUGGCACCUGCAACCAGCCCCGCGCACCUCUGCACUGCAUUGCAGCCGCUUCCAGGACUGUUUCCCCUGCAAUAAUUCAACAUCUCCGAGUCAUUGUGGAAACCUAUGUUGUAGUGACAGCUCAUGCAUCAUCUUCGUAUUUCUGGACCCUCCUUCAUCUGACCAUUUCAUAGCAUGUCGGAAAGCCCUAAAGACUUCAUCCUCUUUUGGGAGAAAGGAGGGAACACUGGAAGUUACUGAGUAAUUUGAAGACUACUGUGGAGGGUUUGGUGUCAGCCAACAAUCCCAAUGUCUGGUCCAAAUAUGGAGGCUUGGAGCGACUUUGCAGAGACAUGAAGGGCAUCCUUUAUCAUGGGCUCAUCCAUGAUCAGGUAUGCUGCCAACAGAAUGAUUACUGGCAGUUUGUGAAGGACAUUCGGUGGCUCAGCCCUCAUUCGGCCCUUCAUGUGGAGAAGUUCAUCAGCUUGUAUGAGAAUGGCCAGUCGAGCCCAGAUGGCGUGAGGGACCAGGCCAUUGCAGAGCUGUGGCUGCAGCACAGCCUUCAGUUUCACUGCCUCUCUGCUCAGCUUCGGCCCUUGCUUGGAGACAGACAGUACAUCAGGAAGUUCUACACAGAUGCUGCUUUCCUGCUGAGCAGUGCUCAUGUCACAGCCAUGCUGCAGUGCCUGGAGGCCGUGGAGCAGAACAACCCCCGGCUCCUGGCUCAGAUUGACGCAUCCAUGUUUGCCAGGAAGCACGAGACUCCGCUACUGAUGACCAAAAGUCAGAGUCUCACAGCACUGCCUGGCUCAUCCAGCACUCCCUCUGCCACGUAUGCCCAGCACUGUUACUUUGGCUCCUUCUCUGGCCCUUACCAGUCUACCCCUGUCCCCAUCACAGACAGAAGACCUGCUUCCUUCUGCCUCUCUGCCCCUCUACGGAAACCUCAAGAAGGCAAAGAGCCUGUUGCACCGGCAGGGGACCCAUCCUUCCAGGGCUCCUUACCUUCUCCUGAAGUCUCGGCAUCGGCAAGGGAUUCACCACCCUCCCCAAACGACAUGAGCUCUAGCGCCCUGACCAGCCCCAGUGAAGAACCUUGGACCAGCAGCCAGGAUGACCCCCAGAGUGAUGCCAAUGAUGGGCCUGAGUAUCUAGCCAUUGGCAACUUGGGCUGUCGAGCCCGCGCUUCCAGCUGUCAGAGUAACAGCAGCAACACCAAGAGUAGCAGUUCUAACUUAUUCUCUUCCAGCAGCUCCCAGAAGGGCAAUUCUCCUGCUUCCUCUGUAGGGGAGCAAGAGGGAGUUGGGCCCAGCCAAGUGCCCGGGGUCCUUCGAAGGUGCAGCUUUUCGGAGGGCCAGACACUGGUUUCUGGUGGAGCCAAGAAGAGCCAUACCCGUUCACAUUCUGACACCAACAUAGCUUCUAGGAAAGUCCAAGAAGGCCUCAGGAAUAUCACCAUUAUAGUAGAAGAUCCUGUUGCAGAAGAGUCCAGAAAUGAUAGCUCAAAGUUGAAAGCACCUGUCUCCUCUGGCCGAAAUAGUGAAGUCAUCCCUCCCAGCUCUCUGGACAUGGAGUAUGAUGGUAAUCAGUACCUAUGCUCAGGGGAAGGCAUGUUCCGAAGGCCUUCAGAAGGACAGUCCCUCAUCAGUUACCUGUCUGAACAGGAUUUUGGUAGCUGUGCGGACCUGGAGAAGGAGAAUGCCCACUUUAGCAUCUCAGAGUCCCUGAUUGCUGCCAUUGAACUAAUGAAGUGCAAUAUGAUGAACCAGCACCUGGAUGAAGAAGAAGAGGACGACAGUGAUAAGGAGAUCCAGGAGCUGAAACAGAAGAUCCGUCUUCGGAGGCAGCAGAUCCGCACCAAAAACCUCCUCCCUGCCUACCAGGAGACCGAGCAUGGAAGCUUUCUGGUCACUUCCAGUGGCUCGCAGUUCAGCUCACGUGAUUCAGCACGACUUUCUGACUCUGGCUCAACUGAUGAAGUUGAUGAAUUUGAGAUCCAAGCCCAUGAAACUAGGAGGGAGAAAUCUUCUGAGCCAUCAUUGCUAAGAAGUGAAACCCUCACCAAAGAUGGUAGUGAUGGGUCUAACCUGAUUCACACGUCAAAGAACGGACUGUCAGUGUCCAUGGCUUCAUUGUUUUCAGAUGCUGACAUCAGGAGGAGCACAAGCUGCAGCAGCAGAUCCCACGUUUCUUCAGAGUCCUUCUCCCACUGUUUCCUGCAUUCCACAUCAGCUGAGGCUGUGGCCAUGGGACUUCUGAAGCAGUUUGAGGGGAUGCAGCUCCCAGCCGCCUCAGAGCUAGAGUGGUUGGUUCCUGAGCACGAUGCCCCACAGAAGCUUCUGCCCAUCCCCGAUUCAUUGCCCAUCUCGCCAGAUGACGGGCAGCAUGCUGACAUCUACAAGCUGCGCAUCAGAGUUCGAGGGAACCUGGAGUGGGCCCCACCCCGUCCUCAGAUAAUCUUUAACGUCCAUCCUGCCCCAACGAGAAAAAUUGCUGUGGCCAAGCAGAAUUACCGCUGUGCAGGGUGUGGCAUCAGAACAGACCCUGACUACAUCAAGCGGCUUCGGUACUGUGAAUAUCUGGGCAAGUACUUCUGCCAGUGCUGCCACGGGAAUGCCCAGGUGGUCAUCCCUAGUCGCAUCCUGCGCAAAUGGGACUUCAGCAAGUACUACGUCAGCAACUUCUCCAAGGACCUUCUUACCAAGAUUUGGAAUGAUCCGCUCUUCAAUGUGCAGGACAUCAACAGUGCCCUCUAUAGGAAGGUCAAGCUGCUUAAUCAAGUCCGGCUGUUGCGGAUCCAGCUGUACCACAUGAAGAACAUGUUCAAGACGUGCCGGCUAGCAAAAGACCUCCUGGAUGCCUUUGACACAGUGCCCGGCCACUUGACAGAAGAUCUCCACCUGUACUCCCUCAAUGACUUGACUGCCACCAAGAAGGGGGAACUGGCUCCUCAGCUUGCGGAGCUCGCCAGGGCAGGCGCUGCGCAUGUGCAGCAUUGCAUGCUCUGCCAAGCCAAGGGCUUUAUCUGUGAGUUCUGUCAGAAUGAAGAUGAUAUAAUUUUUCCAUUUGAACUUCAUAAGUGCCGGACCUGUGAAGAGUGUAAAGCUUGUUACCACAAAGCCUGCUUCAAGUCUGGAAGCUGCCCUAAGUGCACACGGCUGCAGGCCCGGAGAGAGUUGCUGGCCAAGCAGAGUUUGGAGUCCUGUGUGUCUGAUUACGAGGAGGAGCCGGCCGAGGCCGUGGCCCUGGAGGCCACCUGAAGAAUGGUGUGUCACAAGACACUCAAAACUGAGCCGUCCUGUGGACCUGCCCCCUCCCCAACCCAGCUGCCGUCCUGGGGGUUUUUAUUUUAUUUUUUAUAACUAAUAUGAGCCCCUCAUCUAGGCACCUUGCCUGGUUAUGUGCCAGGUGACUGGGCUCCUUGCUGUCCCGUCUGCUAUGGAAGAGGAUUUGUUGGGAGCCCAAAAUUUCUACCAGGACUGACAGUGGUCAAGGACUGCUGGACCUGACUUCCUUUGCCACCGUCUGUCUGAUCCUUCAGGGCCAGCCUGUCUUUCCUGGUUACUGCCUCGUGUCCUCAGUAUUCAUCCCACUCUUCCUGUUGGUAGUAGCCCUCCUGAACCAAGGUUCUCCCAAGUCCCUAGCAGAACCUACUUGCUUCUUCUUUCCUGCUAAAACAGGAAGUGGGUUCCCCUCCCUUCCCCUCUGGAAUUGAGUUUGACUAAACCCUGAGGAGGAGCAGCAUAAAGCAGAAAUAGCAUCCUGGGCACACUACAUGGGCAUACUGUGACUUCCCAGGCAAACAAAACAUCCACAGAGCCUGUCCUGAGGCGAGGUUGGCACAAGGGAGAGGAACAGACCAGCACUCUGACAGAGGCCUCUGUAGCCGUCCAACCAAAGCAGGUGUAACAGACAGCAGCUUGCUGCUGGCUUUAAAGGGGAUUCUUCCUCGAGGUGGGAUUGAGGCACGCCUCUCUUGCUCUGUCAGCCAGCGCUGGUUGCAUGUUAAAAAUCUAACACAUAGUCACUUCAGCAUCUUGGUACAGGGGGGCACUUUGGUGCUCAGGCAGGUUCCCUAAUAUCACCGUAAAUUGAGGGCAGAAAUCCUGCUGCCUUGCUUAAGGGUUAUCCCACUGAUGAAGCCUCUGGCCAUUGAUGGCCGUGGGUAAAAGCAAAGCCCAGCUCUCCUCCCUCUUUGUGUCCAGUAGUGAAGCCAGUGCCACCCUCGGUGCCCAGUCUCUGUUGUCAUUCAUUUUGUGGUAGGUACUCUCUCCUAGGGGAGGCAUAGCCUCACUGUCGCUGUACAUGGCUGGGUCCCUGUGAGCAAGUGACUUCUGUGCCUCCUCUCCCUAGAUACAAGUCAACUGUUGCCAAUUAUGCACUUCAAAACCUUCCAUCUAGCCUGGUGACACUUAGGUAUCCAAUUGUCCUUUUCAUUUUAAAUUAUUUUUUUCAUUUUACGUACUUGGUUGGAAAUGUGUAGGGCAUUUGUGGGGGGGUGGGGUUUGGUCACUUUCCUGUUGUCUGUGUCUUUGUCCACCACAAGUAAAGUCAAUAGCCCCAGACUUUGAGGACCACUGCUUUAUAGGACUACUGUUGGGCACUUUUGUCUGCAUGUUCUGGUCUUCCUGCUGUUGUGUGUGUCUAACGUGGGCAGUCUUGCCUAUGUACUGCCUCAGGAAGGGGAACUGAAAGUUGUAUGUGGUCAGUGGAGGCCGAUAGAAUGGACGAGGCUUAAGCACAAUAGAAAUGAGUCUCAGUGGAAGAAAAGGCAUGAUCAGAGCAUGGCCAUAGCAAGGUAGGUAAGUAGUACAAUUCCUCCAGAGGAUCCUCAGUGUGACUGUAAAGACCCUAGUGCCAGCCUCUGGUCACUGCGGCUUGAGUCUCCGGAAAGCUUAAUCGUCCAGCCUUGCCCAUGGUCUCUCCACCUUUAGGCUUGGAAGCGCAUUUGCCAAUUCCCAGAACCUGGAGACGAGCCUUGAAAAUCUGUGGUGAUGGGACCCCAGCUGCUGGUUUGGAAUGGGGGUGACCUCUGCCUCCAGUUUGGACUUAGGCCACCGGGCCAAACUUCCUUAAUCUCCGUCCCGAUGCUGAGGGAAACACUCACUGUCUCGCUGCCCCGCCAGUUUGCCAUGAGCUAAGGUUUACAAUGGGAAACGCUGCUGCGAUCUCCACAGCCCGGCUGGGCAUUCUGGCAGUUUUCUGGUCCUUUCAUUUUCCUUCACCUCAUUUCAGGUUGAUAAUCUGGUUCAGUGACUGUCAAAUCCCUAUCACCAUCCAAAGGGCCCUGGUUCUGAAUCUGUUUUCUUUUUGGGGGGGCAGGGGGGAGGAUGAGGAGCAGGGAGGGCAUAAAGAGGGAGAAGGAUGUUGUAUGUGUGGGGGUGGAGGAAAAUGGGAAUGUUUUGAAAGCACUUUUCCAACUCUUCAGUAUCUGAAAAGCCAGUGUUGUGUAUGAGGAGGGAUGUCUCUAUGCACUGAUUUAAUUUGUGGGUGGCACUGAAGAAAGUUUCUUCUCCUGUAUGGAGUGGGUGGAACUAAGUACAAAUUUUCUUUAAGUGAAGGAAAAGGCAGCUGCUUAGGAAGGUGGGGGCAAGAUUCAAGACAUGGCAGAGGGGCGGAAAGGAAAUAAUCUGCACCGGUGAGGCUGUUCUUGAAGUUCUCCACCAAGGUCUUAGAACCUGUUGUAAUAAUGUGAUUACAGUGUUGAGUGUAUAUAGAGAUGGUCUGUCUGUAUGUCAGAAAGUACAUUGUAUUCUGAGCUGGAUUUUCUCUUGCUGUAUUGUACUUCUUACACAGCCUAACAGUCCAGUGUCACCUUUAAUAAACUA